UGGGCAUUGUCCUCAGGAGGCUAACUUUGUGGCAAAUACACCCUUCUUUGAAGAAGAAUUUGUCGUAACACCUAGAAAUGCAAGCCCCCACUGCUCCUACUAUACCUAUAGAUGAUACAGGAAAAUCAUCCAGUCCAAGACCUGGAGAUCCUCCUCCCUACACUUCUCAUUAUCAGCCAGGGCCUCCUGCAGCAGUUGGAUAUCCCUCCACAGGCUAUCCAGGCCCUGGCCCUACAAGCUAUCCAGGCCUGACUCAGCCUGGUGGCUUUCCCAUGUAUCAAAGUGGUGGCCCUCCAGUUGUGUAUCAGCCUGGAAUCAAUGUGAACCCAAAUCCUCUCCCAGUAUCAUGGAUGCCGGUACCACCUCCACUCCCAAACUGCCCGCCUGGUCUGGAAUAUCUAUUACAGCUAGACAAAAUAAUGGUUCAUCAGCAGAUUGAAGUUCUAGAAUUGAUGACACGAUUUGAAAGUAAUAACAGAUAUGAAGUUAAAAACAGCAUGGGACAGAUGGUAUACAUGGUUGUUGAGGACACUGACGACAUUACCAGAAAUGCAUAUUCAUCAUUACGUCCCUUUGUCAUUCGGGUGAUUGACUGCAUGAGUCGAGAAAUUAUGAGAUUGCAGAGGCCCUUUAGGUGUACCUGUUGCUGUUUUUGUUGCUCUUGUGCCAUGCAAGAGCUUGAGGUUCAGUCUCCUCCUGGUGUGUGUCUUGGCUAUAUCAUUCAAUACUGGGGCUUCUGCAAGACAAGAUUCAGGAUUGAAAAUGAGAAGAAAGAGCAUAUAUUGAACAUAGAUGGCCCAUGUGUACCUGAUAUCUGUGGCUCAGACACUGUUUAUCAGGUUAAAUCAUUGGAUGGAAAAGAUAUUGGAAGAAUUUGUAGACAGUGGCCUGGUUUUCUAAGAGCAUCAAUAGCAGAUGUUGACAACUUUGAGAUCACUUUUCCAUUAGACCUCAGCAUAACGAUGAAAGCUAUGAUUUUUGCGGGUUGCUUCCUCAUUGAUUUCAUGUUUUUUGAAAGUCGUCCACAACCCGCCAACCACAACCGCUCCCACUAACGUUGAUGAUCAUACGAGUAAGAAUAGUGGAAUGUCAGAGUUGGAAGGGGUCCUAUUGGUCAUUUAGUGAAAUCCAUUCAUAAGCAGAAUCAUCAGAUAGACCAUUCCCUGAAAAUGGCUAUCUCAUCUCCAUGUAAAGACCUUUGGUGAUAAAGAACUUUGUACCUUCAAGAACAGACCACUUCAUUUUGGAACAGCUCUAAUGGUUAACAAGUUUGUUCGUUUCUUAUAUGGGCCUGAAUAUUGAUCAGAUUGAUUAGAUCCUCUGUAAUUUCUACUCAAUACUCCUAUUAUUAUUCUCAGUCAGAAAAACAACUCCAAUCUCUCUUCCAAAUGACCUGAAGAAACCUAGAGUUCUUUAAAUACUUUAAUAAAGCUAUCACAUCAAUCUCACCUCCUUGAACUCCCCAAACAAGGUUCCUGCAUAUUCUCGCCUCUGUUUCUUUUAAGCAACAUUAUAAUAUUACGGUAAUUGUCCUAUAUAUGCCCAGUUUGGGGAGCAGACUCCUUUGUCAUCUUGGUAACAUAAUUAAUGUACCCAUUGUCAGUAGUUCAUCAAGUGACUUGGUAUAUAACACUCUUCUUACAUCUGUCUUCUUUUAUUCUCCUUCCAUAUUUUUUGAAAUGAGAUGUUUAGGGGGGGAAAUGGAGACUUUGUAUUUCUAAAUGAUAACCAUGAAACUAGCUUUACUCCUUACUUCCCUACCACUGCCACAUGAUAUGCUUUUUCUUUGGAGUUUCCUGAAAGUUAAUUCUAUGGCUACCAUAAUAUAUAAUUCUGUCAUCCGUUGUAUAUUAUACUAGCCUGCCUUUAUGAUUGGCAUACUCUCUCCAUUGGAUGCCAACCAUUUCCUGUGUCUUUAUAUGUAAAAUGAGGGGAUUGUAUUAGAUGACCUCUUCCAGCUCUAGAACCCUAAUCCCAUGACUCUCCCAAAAAUCCUCUACAGGGAUUCGAUUUAAUAUUCUAGAGGCUUUCUAAGUCUUAUAACAUUGACUGGUGUAAGUGACAGUACUAUUGCUAAUUAGCAGCUUACCCCUUUUUUGAGUUAUGCAUCUCUCUGAUCUUAUUUAUGUCAUUUAUCCUAUAAAUUUGUUGGUAAAAAUUGUAGCCUCUUCAUCUUAU